UUUUCAAACUGGCUGUUGUUUUCUCAUCUAUAAUAAGAAAGUUCGAUACCUCUCCUCUACCAACCGCAAAUGAAAAAUGAGUUUCCUUGUGUUCUUGAAGUUGUUAGCUUUUCUCCUUCUCUUUUUGUUCCUAAUACUGUCUUUCACAAAGAGGAAAAACAAAGCAAAAAAGCUCCCUCCAAGUCCAAGAAAACUGCCUAUUUUAGGAAACCUUCAUCAAGUUGGAAAAUUGCCUCAUCGUUCACUUCAAGAACUUUCCAAUAAAUAUGGGGAUUUUAUGUUCUUGCAAUUAGGUUCUAUCCCAACUGUUGUUGUCUCCUCGGCUGACACUGCUAGAGAGAUCUUUAGAACACACGAUAUUGCUUUCUCUGGCCGUCCUGCCUUAUAUUCUGCCAGAAAACUUACCUAUAAUUUUUGUGGCGUGUCUUUUGCACCCUAUGGUGAUUACUGGAAAGAGUCUCGCAAAACUCUAGUCUUGGAGUUGCUAAGUGCAAAGAGAGUACAAAGUUUCGAGGCAAUUCGAGAUGAGGAAGUGAACCAUUUGGUUCAAGAAGUUGGUAAUUCUUUGAGCUCAUCGGUUAACUUAAGUGCGUUGGCACUAACCUUAGCAAAUAACGUUGUUCGUCGUGUGGCUUUUGGGAAAGUAAGUGAUGAAAGAGAUGAUAAUGGGGAGAAAAAGUUUUAUGAAAUUCUUUAUGAGACACAAGAGUUGUUGGGUGAGUUUAAUGUUGCCGAUUAUUUUCCUAAGAUGGCAUGGAUUAACAAAAUUAAUGGGCUAGAUAAAAGAUUGGAAAAGAAUUUUAGGGAAUUGGAUAAGUAUUAUGGCAAAGUAAUAGAAGAUCAUGUAAAUUCAAGCCGUUGGAUUAAACAAAGGGAUGAUGAAGAUCUUGUUGAUGUGUUGCUUCGAAUUCAGAAGGAUUCAAACCAAGAUGUCCCUCUCCCCGAUAACCACAUCAAGGGCCUUCUUGCUGAUAUAUUUAUAGCUGGAACUGAUACAUCAGCAGCAACCAUAGAAUGGGCGAUGACAGAACUCAUAUUAAAUCCAAGAGUCAUGAAAAAAGUUCAACAUGAAGUAAGACAAGUUGCCAACGGUAAAAACAAGAUCCAAGAAAGUAAUCUUUGCAAACUCGAAUACUUAAAAUUAGUCAUCAAGGAAACUCUUAGACUUCAUCCACCAGCCCCAUUAUUAGUCCCUCGAGUAACAAUUUCUAGUUGCAAAAUAUUGGAAUACGAAGUCCCAACAAAUACAAGAGUUCUCAUCAAUGGGAAAGCAAUUGGGACUGAUCCAAAAUACUGGGAAAAUCCAUUGAUAUUUUUGCCAGAGAGAUUCUUGAAUAAGGAGAUUGAUUACAAAGGCCAAAAUUUUGAGUUUCUACCAUUUGGGGCUGGAAGAAGAGGAUGUCCAGGAAUUAAUUUUUCAAUACCACUUGUUGAGCUGGCAAUUGCUAAUCUAUUGUUUCACUAUGAUUGGUCACUUCCUGAAGGGAUGCUAGCUAAGGAUCUGGAUAUGGAAGAAUCUGUUGGGAUUACGAUGCACAAGAAAACUCCCCUUUGCUUAGUAGCUUCUCAUUAUGACUUGCAGUAGGUGUGCAAGCAAAUGUUUAGCACUAGCUCUUUCUAAUUUUGUCUUAUAUAUUGAUAAUGUAAUUUUUUCAUAUUAUUGUGAGUCAUUUAAUAUAUUGCGAAAAAUUAUUUGCUU